CUUGCAGGCUAUAAAACUCCUGGGGAAAUACAUCACUCAGUAGUUUCAAUGUUUGCCAAUGACACCACUGUAUACUUAUCAGCCACAGAUGACAUAGAAAUACUUAAUACAAUCCUUUCUACAUGGUGCUGCACCUCUGGUGCCAAAUUCAACAUGGAUAAAACAGAAGUUAUUCCAAUCAGCAUGCCAGACUACUGGCAGUCACUAAUAGCAUCCUCCAAACUAAAUCCUACAUCCUCAGCCCUCCCCCUGAGUGUUAGAGUAGCCCACAAUGGCCAGGCAAUCCACAUCCUUGGAGCGUGGCUAGGAAACAAUGUCAACAAACCAUCUGUCUGGUCUUCCAUCCUCAAGAAGAUAGAUUCUAAAUUGCAAAAGUGGAACUCCUGGAAUCCAUCCAUUGAAGGAAGAAAGACAAUAAUACAAUGGACCAUAGGAGCUAUGACUCAAUACCUAACCUGCAUCCAAGGCAUGCCUAAAAACAUAGAAAUUUACCUUACAAAAUGCCUGAAACUCUUCACCUGGGAUAUGCAAGGUUAA